AUGACUACUGUCCUCCAACGUCUGCCCGAGAUCAACAUCCUUCUUUAUAUUUACACCGCUCACAAAGACGAGUCCCAUACUGACCUUAUGCUCUGUCCCCGUAUAAUUAAUUAUCACUACGAAAAUAUCACCAUAAAUCUCAUGGAACUUGGUGGUGCCUCUCAAGACUUUCCGAACAGGCGGACCUUUAAGGAGCCGAUGUAUACACUCAUGACCCAGGACAUCGAGCAAAUUUGGAACAUGGCGAAGGUGAUUGACUGGUGGGUUGAAAAAUACCCCGGACUUCAUUGGAGGGACAAUUCAGACGAUCGUCGCUGUCUACGAGGUAGCGAAGUAGCUCGGGUGAGAAAGGCUGUUGCUCGCUGGUGGCUGUACGCGAAACACCACCAUGGUAGAGUCUUUACUAGAUUCACCAUUUAUCAUCCAAGUAUGUGGACGACUGAUACUCGACUCCACCAUAUUCGGCUCAUGCCGACCAGUGAAGUUAGUGAGCUUUGGCACCUCUGGCGUCUGGUAAGAGAGACAGUGAGUAAGGACCUUUGCUCAUCUCCUGAGAAAGUUUGCCACUGCAAGCAAGGUUAUAGCGUCGAGCUCGUUCCCUGGGGAGCUAACGAAGGCCACCGCCAUGCGAAAAUUGUUAAGACGUACAUGAAGCUUGAUCCCGAGCAGCUUCGUUAUUACCUCAGAUACUACGCGAACUGGAAGAAGUCCGUUGCCAUCAAUUCACUAUCCGGUAUAGAGCCGUACUUUGCUCGUGAUUGUGAGACCUUAUCUAUUUCAAUAACCAAGGUUCUCGAAGAGCGCAAGAUUUUCACGGAUGUGCACUCCUGGGCAGAUAUGCCGCAUUUUGGAAUUUUGGACGAGGAUCGACCAAACGACUUAAACAAUUCUCAAUGGCUUAAUGACGCCUGGCCUGAUGGACGGGUACCUCCGAUUCCAGCGCAUAUUCCCACUUUACCAUUCGACCCACCAUCAAUAAUCGCCCGAGGAGACGAUGGCGCGGAGACGUUUCUUCCAUUCUAG